CUGUAAAGCCCUGUGAGGCAAAUUGUGAUUUGUGAUAUUGGGCUUUAUAAAUAAAAUUGAUUGAUUGAAUUGAUUGAUUCCAAAACUAUUUAGUCACUAGAAAGCAAAGCAAACAAAACACACCCAUCUUAAUUAGUCACGAUGUACAAGCAUGUGUGUGUGUGUGUGUGUGUGUGUGUGUGUGUGAGAAAGAGAGAGGGAGAGAAAGAGAGCCAAAAGGUGUGUGUGUGAAACAAAGACCGUCUAGCCGACAACAAAAUGACUGACAACAGGAAGCUACAAGAGUUGCUGUGUGCUGCUUGUUGUAACCCUGUAACCCAGCGGUCGUCCGUUGUGGAUGACAGCUUUAAAAGGUGCAGAUCCUUCUUGUGGCGGGAAAGUUAGUUGCAAACCAUGUGUUUGGCUAACUUCUCUGGUCUUCAGGUUCUGUGUCUGCCGGGAGCAGGCCACAUUCAGAACAAAGCUGCUGCUCCUGCUGUGAGAACGCAGAGGUGAGAAAGCAGGGGAAGUGCGUACGAGGUCCUCCUGUCAGGCUUCCUACCUCUUCAGAUGUCCAGGAGGAAAGUGCCAAAUACCAACCCAUUAACCCAUUAUUUUUUAUCCCUCCUAGUUUUCAGAAGUCAUUAAUGGAGCACUGGAUGAAUUCUUCCCGUCUGACAGUGGGGUGAAGAUCAUUGCAGAACCAGGGCGGUUCUACAUGGAGUCAGUCUUCACACUGGCAAUGAACGUCAUUGCCAAGAGAGUGGUCUUAGAGGAUAUGGAUGGACAUGACGAUGGAGAGGAAAACAGCCCUGACAGAAAGAUGAUGUACUACCUUAACGAUGGAAUGUACGGCUCCAUCAGCUGCGUUACCUAUGACGCUGCUCACAACAACGUUGAACCAUAUCCUCACAGGGCUGUUGAGAGCAGCGAGCGGAGAUACCGGUCUGUCCUUUUUGGUCCAACCUGCAACAGCAAUGACAAAAUAACUGAAGACUACUGGAUGCCUGAGUGUCAUGUGGGGGACUGGCUUCUCAUCGACAACAUGGGUGCUUACUCUGUUUCUGUAUUCACUGACUUCAAUGGCUUUGAGAGAGCUCACAUUUACCCUGUCGUGACAGCUGAGACAUGGCACGCCUUAAACCUUUCUCACUUCUACAACAUCUGUUGAUGAUCUGGUGACAUGUUUGUUGGAAAAUGGUGCCAGGGUGUGCAUUAUGUAUUAAUAUGGGUGUGGUUUCCGCUUUCCAAACAUUUUAACCUGAUGAAGAUAUAUUUCUGAUUAUUAAUACACAUUUCGUUUGUUCAAUGAUCAACAUAUGAUCGUGUAUUCAUGUCUGGUUAUACUCAGGUAAUCAUAUGUAAUCAACCUGUAAAUGUUGUACUCAUUAUGUUCUGUUGUUCACAUAGUGAGGCUUCUGCAGCUCGAGUCUGUCUGGGUGUGAACGCUGGGUAAAAUGUAAGAGGGAUGUGACAGAGGGAACUUAACAACAGCUGCUCAGGACAUUUUUGGUUACUUCUUCCUGUGUUGUUGUUUUUUUUACUUAUUUUUGGGGCGUUGGCUGAAUUUUAAAAUCUUUUUAUUUUUUAACUUUUACUCCAUUAAUUUUUAAUGUUGUAUUUUUCCUCUUUGAUUUCUGUUUGACUCUGUAUCACACAUCGAGAAGUUUGAUUGACGAAGUUUGAGUUUGGUUGAAUAAAGAAAGUGAGACUUGACUGAGAAGGAAAAGUCUUUUUUGA